AUGUCCGCUGCAAAGAACGAAAUGUAUUACAGCCUGCUCGAGUGGUUUAAAACCCUCAAUUUGAAUGCGCCCCACGCAGAUGCUGAAUCACUGGCAGACGGUGUAGCCGUGGCCCAGGCGCUGAAUCAAUUCGCCCCCGAAUCUUUCACAGACUCGUGGCUGGCGAAAAUCAAAGCCAGUGCCGUGGGCAUCAACUGGCGUUUGCGUAUGAGUAAUCUAAAGAAAGUCACACAAUCGCUCUACGACUACUACAGCGAGGUCCUUAACUACACCCUCAGCGACUUUGUGAAGCCCGAUGUGCAGCGCAUUGCCGAGAAAUGCGACCUGGUCGAGCUGGAGCGUUUGCUCCAGCUGGUCUUGGGCUGUGCGGUCAACUGUGCCAAAAAGCAAUCGUACAUAACCGAGAUCAUGUGCUUGGAAGAGGAGCUACAGGCGAAUAUCAUGAGAGCACUCCAGGAGCUGGAGUCCUCUCGAAAUGCCGCGGAGGGAGGUAUCGUCACGUCACUUUCGCGCAGUUCCAUCAGUGGAAUGCUGGAUGGCAAGGUCCUGCAAGAAGAGCGCGAUGCCAUGGCCCAGAAAUGUUUCGAAACCGAGAAGAAAAUGCUGCUGCUGAUCGACGAGAAGACAAACCUACAGCAGGAACUGCAGAGGGUUCAGAAGGAGUUUGCGCGUCUGGAGCACAGCUCCACAGUCAUUGGCGAUGAUGGUGUUUCGUUGGGGCCCGUGCAAACGGGCUCUGUGCGCUACAACGAGCUGCGGCGACAGCUCGAUCUGCUUAAAGAAGAGCUCUUGCAGUCGGAGGGUGCUCGCGAGGAUUUGAAGCUGAAGGCCCAACAGCAGGAGACCGACCUGUUGCACAUGCAAAUGCGGAUAGAUGAACUUUUGGUAGGGAUCAGUAAAUUUAAGUACAUCUUGAGUUUGUUGUAA